AUGGCAGACAAGAUCGACAUCAUCGCGACUUUCGGAGGAGACGGCACUGUCCUACGAGCUGCAAGUCUCUACAAGCUCCAUGGUUCUGUUCCUCCAAUUCUGUCGUUCAACAUGGGGACAUUAGGCUUCCUUGGCGAAUGGGAUUUCAGAGAGUACAAAAAGGCUUGGAGGGAGACGUUUAUGAGUGGUAGUGACGUCGCUACCCGUGAGGCCAACUAUCCUCGAGGUGAUUGGGACAAGAUAAGUCCAGUGUCAUACACAGCAUGGGAAAGGCAUAAGGGUAAAAGCAUGGGAGCCCAACGAGCAUCCAAGGUGCUACUCCGUCACCGCAUCAAGGCUGAUGUGUUUGAUCCGUCUGGUAAUAACAUCAAUCAUUGGUUGUCUGAUACUUUGUCAAGCGAGGCAAAGACGGGGGCGAAGGCGCUAGCGGUACCUCAUGAGCCAUCACCAUCGCUGAGAGCUAUCAACGAGAUCUCGGUGCAUCGGGGAUCUCAUCCCCAUCUAGCUAUCAUUGAUAUCUACCAGAAUGGCCACUUUCUUACAGAGACCACUGCUGAUGGUAUCCUAAUCAGCACCCCCACAGGCUCAACGGCAUACAGUCUAAGUGCAGGGGGUCCAAUUGUUCAUCCACUUGUCAAAUCCCUCCUCAUCACGCCCAUCAGUCCUUGCAGUCUCAGUUUCCGAUCCUUGGUGCUCCCGCUAGACACCAAAGUCACAUUACGAAUGAGUCGCAAGAACCGCGGCCGUGAACUUGACCUCAGCAUUGACGGCAAGAGGUGUGCGGGAGUGUCCCCAGGGACAGAGAUUCGGGUAGAAGGCGAAUUUGUUGGACGAGCCGGUCCCGGGGAGGAGUGGCAUGGCGGUGUACCAUGUAUGAUCAGGACUGAGGAUGAUGAUCCUUGGGUAGGUGGCUUGACUGGCCUACUCAAGUUCAAUCAUCCUUUUGGACGAGAACCUGGUGGGGACGAGUAUGCCGAUUAG